ACGAAAAAAAAAAAAGAGGAACGGAAAAUAAAAUAUUUGUGAACGGCGUCGAGAAUCUUACAGGUAAAAAAAAAAUCAAUUUCGACCUCUGAGAUUUUGAACGAGCGCGAUAAUGGCGACGGAGAAUGAACCGGCGAAGCUGCUUCUGCCAUACCUUCAGCGAGCCGAUGAGUUGCAGAAACACGAACCCCUCGUUUCCUAUUACUGUCGGCUUUACGCGAUGGAACGAGGGUUGAAGAUUCCUCAGAGCGAUCGUACUAAGACCACCAACGCCCUCCUUGUUUCCCUCAUGAAACAGCUUGAAAAGGAUAAGAAGUCGCUGAAGUUGGGGCCCGAUGAUCAUUUACACGUUGAAGGAUUUGCUUCGAAUGUCUUUGCAAGGGCAGACAAGCAAGAUAGAGCAGGGCGAGCCGAUUUAAAUACCGCAAAAACUUUCUAUGCUGCAAGCAUCUUCUUCGAAAUCCUGAAUCAGUUUGGUCAACUUCAGCCCGACCUCGAGGAGAAACAAAAGUACGCGGUAUGGAAAGCAGCAGAUAUAAGGAAGGCUGUAAAAGAAGGGAGAAAGGCUAUACCAGGCCCUCCAGGUGGAGACGAAGAUCUAUCAGUUCUAUCAAGUACAUCUGGCGGCGAAUAUGAUCUUGAUCCAAUGAGAGUCGAUCCUGCUGCAAGAACUGCACCACCUUCAGAUUCAUCACAAACUCAGACGUACGAUCAAGAAAAUAAUAAUUUUCCACAUCCCACAAAUUUAUCAAGACAGCCAUCGAAUAUUACACUAUCCCCUUCUUCGAGCAUUUCUCCGCCGCCUCAUUUUCCAGCAGACAAUUACCAAACCGACAAUAACUUUCAUCAACCACCACCACCACCGCCACCACCUCCAACCGAACAAUCUAUCUACCAUCCGCCACAUCAGCAACCGCCACCACAGCAGCACUUCCCCCAGCACUACCCCACUCACGAUGCUCCAUCGUACACGUAUCCCAAUUUACAGUCUUACCCUAGCUUUACAGAGAGUGGCCUUCCCACAGCUCCAUCUCAUUACCCGUCUUCUUAUUACCAAGGCUCCGAUGGUUCUUCUUCUUCCUAUGCCAACUCAUCGCCUCCGGCGAACACUGCUGUGUACGCUCCAGCUCCUCAGUAUAAUUCUUCCGGAAUGAAUGGGAAUGUUCCGGAAGCUUCUCCGGUGAUGGCGAGGCAGUACGAGUACGACAGCAGUUACCAGCCUCCGCCGGAGAAAAUUGCUGAAGCGCACAAGGCUGCUAGGUUUGCGGUUGGGGCGCUCGCGUUUGACGAAGUUUCUGUUGCGGUUGACUUUCUUAAGAAGUCUCUUGAGCUGUUGACCAAUCCAUCUGCUGCCCACUGAAUGUGUAGUUUAUGGUUGAUACUUUUGAUACCAAUGUUUGAUUUUAUUUUUAAAUUUUUCUCUUUAAAGGUUGAUUGGUUUGCUGUAUGUUAUGGCUUGUUUGACUCAUAAAUAUUGGUAUCAAAUAUUUUACUGAAUAUUGGUAUCAAUUAUUUUACUGAAUUAG